UUAACAACACUUGUUUAUUUCAGAGUUAGAUAAACAUAAAUCGGUGUUCUGUAAAGCUAUUUUUGUUGAUUCUUGACCACCUGGACCUGUCUUCACUUAAUAUACGAAUGGCGGCUUGGAUUCAAAAAAUCGCCAAGUGUGUUUUCUCUUGAUGUAAAACCUCCAAGGUUUUUAGGGCAAGUUUAGUGAAGAAAUGCAACGACCCUGGGUGUACGAGUUCGCGCUGCUGUGUUGCAUCAUUUUACUGAGAGUUGGUUUAACGAAAUCUGUAAAACUACCAUGUCAACAGCGUUAUUCAGAAGUUGCCACAAGCGGAUUCGCCACCACGUUCAGCACCACCACCACCCAAGCCACGACAACAACUAUACACAGCCAAGUCACGCUUGCCCCAUCCUACGUGAAGGCUAACCUGUGCUGUGGGUCACGACCUUUUAACUCUGACGUUGGUGUGUGUUGCAUGGGGAGGGUCCUUCGAAAAAGUACGAGACGAUGUUGCCUUGAUGGGAAGCAUGCUCCCUCAGAAAGCAGAUGCUUUUGCUAUCCGUCUUCUAUUUGGGUAACAGACGAGAUUGACCAUUUGUCUGGGAUAGAGAUUCAGUUUACAAGCUUGAUAGAAGAGAUGGAUGCCACGAUAGAACCGCUGCGAGAGCAAAUGGUUGCAGCAGAAGAACACAUCGAGUUCCUAGAUUCAAAAGCGAACUCUCUUUAUCAAGAAUUCCUGGUCCAUAUUAACAUGACGAGAAACAGGGAUCCUGCUGAGGCAGAAUAUAUUACUGAACUGAUAUCCUUUCUUGUUGCAAAUGAGGCGAACGUUGAAAACGCUCGAAAGCGGUUAGGAGCUCUUGAAAAGGAGUCCAUGGAGCUUUUGGAUGCUGUCGUCCAGUCGGAGGAAGAAGAAUACUCUCAAACAUCAUCCCAAACCACGAGGACAACGGAUGUCCUCACACACUCCUCACUCCGGAGGUUGCGAAGAGAAAUACAGACGAUGAACACGACGGUGGAGACGGCGGAGAAGCUGAUGGACAUUGUUCGGCAAGAAAUCGAACAAAAUCUUCCCGUCCCAGAAUUCAAUCGCCAAGAAGCGAUCAGGCUCACCAUAGAACGACAGAACGUUCUAAUGAACAUUACUCGUGAGAAUAGGGCACUUUCUGAGCUCCGGAACCGAGUUCAAAUCCUAACUCGCAUCCAAAACAUUCUUAGAGCAGAUCGGGACUUGCUCGUUAACCUCCGACAGUUCUUGGAUUCUCUUCUUGAUCUUGUUCUUCAGAUGGAGGCGGCUGAUCGGGAAGAGAACCAGGAAUUUGAAGAGGAAGUAUUAAGGAAGAGGCGCAAAAGAGCAGCUGGGAGUAUUGUCGAUGCAUUAGAUCUUCUUCUUAAUCCGGAUGGAAACAAAAUCAUCACUAGUCCUCUUCCUGAUGAAAAUAUUUUAGUCCCGGAGAACGGGAACCAUCAUAAUGAUGUAAACCAAACCUCAAACCCGACUUCAUCAUCUGGUGAGACCGGGAUUCGAACCUCAACUACUGCACGAACAACCUCAUCACCGCCUCCUGCUCCACCGACUGCGCGACCGUGCGAUUUUUCACCGUGGGAAAGAUACACCGCUACUUUCUUGCAGCGGGCAAACUUGGUCGCUAUCGACCUUGAAGAACUGGGCGCGCCUAGCGAAACCGCGGAGGGCGAAAGCACUGAAGGCGAAACAAUGACUGCUAGCAGGAGCAGUCGAACCGAGAAUCAUUAUUUUGCGACACGAUCCGGUACACAGGUGCUGCCGGAAACGGAAACGAACUCUGCUAACUCGCAGAGUAGAAGCUCGAGGCGACGAAGAGACUUAUCGUUACACGUACCUAGCCGAAAGCUGCGUUUAUCUCUAGAAUGCUCCCGUCAGUUCCGACAGGGUGCGUUCUUUUGGUUUCGAGAAUUUAGGAAAUACGGUCUUGCAAAGCGGGACAAAAAAAUGUUUCGACGCGUUUUGUCAACCGCUGCAAAACAUACCUCAAAUCUGCUGUGCAAGAAUAUUAGCUACUGACAAGAGCCUCGACGUCGUUUCAACAAAUACAGAAGCUCAGUUUAAAGAUAACAGCAACAAAAUAAUAUCCACACCAUCUUUUAGCAAAUUAGAUUUAAUCGCUUAAGAUUCCUUUUCUUCAGCAGGAUUUGAAAUCAAAGAUGAAAUAACUAGUUGUUAUCUUCAUUUCCACCAUAAAAAUGCCAUAACCAGUACCAUUUGCUUUAUUUUUUUUUUCUCACGAGAACUUUCUCUGCUCAGCGUAGUUGCGGGUUGUUUUAAGCAAAUGUUUUAUCCAGAUAGUUGACUCAUUAUUUAUGCCAUGAGCAUAUUGUUUGUCUGCUUCCUUUCCUUUUUAGAUCAUUUUAAUUGGAUGUAAGCCUACUCUGUGCCUCCAUAUACCAGCCUACUGUACCUUUCUCAUUCAAACAUGUUAGUUUGCAACAUUCGUUGAGAAAAAUGAAAUAAGGUAUUCGGCAAGUGUUAUAACUUGACUGAUAAGAAACAAAAUUUGAUUCUUCAUAUAGUAGGUUGGGGGAAGACGGGACACCUUUUGCACUUAAUAACCAACUACGCUGAUCGUGUUUUAGGGUUCGAUCAUUAAAACCGAUGUAUGGGAGUCGUGGGUUUAUAAUUAUUUAAAUGUUCUUUGUUUACUACAAAAUGGGUUAAGAAAAUAGAAUGAAAAGGCAUCCCAUCUCCCCGCACCCUAUAUGGGCUAUAACUCUUUUCCUUCUCCUUUGUACCAGUUAUACUUUUUCCUCUCUGCUGUCGUAGUCAACAUUAGUCUAAAUGUUAACACCUACAGUACUUUGCUCAUGUUCUGAAGAAUUUAAACUCGAUUUAAA